AAAUAUCAAAAUCCCUCCAAUUCAUUAAUCAUAACUCAUUUUGGGACCCAUUUUACACUUAUCUUUUAAUCCAUUUUUCAAACCCUAGCCCGCUCUCUCUCCGCCGUACAAUUUUUCUUCCGGUCACCGGUCUUAUACGGGAAUUCGACCGUUUCAUGAUCUCCGUGUGAUCGUUACACUUUACACUUUACUUUUUAAUUUGUGGUUCUUGGAUCCGAAUAUUUUGUUGUUUGGCUUCGGAUUCGGGUUGAGAAAUGAGUAAUCAGAAGAAGAGGAACUUUCAAAUAGAGGCGUUCAAACACCGUGUGGUGGUGGAUCCGAAGUACGCCGAGAAGACGUGGAAGAUUCUGGAGCAUGCGAUUCAUGAGAUUUAUAAUCACAACGCUAGUGGCCUCAGUUUUGAAGAGCUUUAUAGAAAUGCCUACAAUAUGGUGCUGCACAAAUUUGGUGAGAAGCUGUAUUCAGGACUUGUUAUGACUAUGACCUUGCAUCUCAAAGAAAUAUCAAAAUCCAUUGAGGCUGCCCAGGGAGGUUUGUUUCUGGAAGAGCUGAACAGGAAAUGGAAUGAUCAUAAUAAAGCAUUGCAAAUGAUUCGAGAUAUAUUGAUGUACAUGGACAGGACUUAUAUUCCAAGUACCCAUAAAACCCCCGUUCAUGAGCUUGGCUUGAACCUUUGGAGGGAUAACAUUAUACACUCAAACAAAAUUCAGACAAGGCUUUUGAAUACACUUCUUGAGCUAGUGCAUUUAGAAAGAACUGGUGAAGUCAUAAACAGGGGGCUAAUGAGGAAUAUAAUUAAGAUGCUAAUGGACUUAGGUUCUUCUGUUUACCAAGAAGAUUUUGAGAAGCCAUUUCUUGAGGUUUCUGCUGAGUUUUAUAAGGUUGAAUCUCAGAAGUUCAUCGAGUGCUGCGAUUGUGGGGAAUACCUGAAAAAGGCAGAGAGACGUCUAAAUGAAGAAAUGGAGAGAGUGACCCACUACUUGGAUGCCAAGAGUGAGACGAAGAUAACGAAUGUGGUGGAGAAGGAGAUGAUUGCAAACCACAUGCUGAGACUAGUACACAUGGAGAACUCAGGCUUGGUAAAUAUGCUCCUUGAUGAUAAAUAUGAGGACUUGGGAAGAAUGUACAAUUUGUUUCGUAGGGUUCCUAAUGGUCUCUCAUCAAUACGGGAAGUGAUGACUUCUCACCUCAGGGAAACUGGUAAACAGCUAGUUACUGAUCCAGAAAGAUUAAAGGAUCCUGUUGAAUUUGUGCAGAGGUUGUUGGAUGAAAAAGAUAAGUAUGAUAACAUUAUCAAUGCAGCAUUUAACAAUGAUAAGACGUUCCAAAAUGCUUUGAAUUCCUCAUUUGAAUAUUUCAUUAAUCUGAACCCUCGUUCUCCUGAGUUCAUCUCAUUGUUUGUGGAUGACAAACUUCGUAAAGGUCUGAAGGGGGUUAGUGAGGAGGAUGUGGAGACCAUUCUUGACAAAGUAAUGAUGCUAUUCCGGUACUUACAGGAAAAAGAUGUAUUUGAAAAGUACUACAAACAACAUUUAGCUAAGCGACUUUUGUCGGGAAAAACUGUCUCUGAUGAUGCAGAGAGAAGUCUGAUAGUCAAGCUUAAGACAGAAUGUGGGUACCAAUUUACUUCCAAAUUAGAAGGUAUGUUUACAGACAUGAAGACCUCCCAAGACACAAUGCAAGGGUUUUAUGCAAGCCACCCUGAGCUAGGGGAUAGCCGCACACUGGUUGUCCAGGUUUUGACAACAGGAUCUUGGCCCACCCAACCCAGUGUUACUUGCAAUCUGCCAGCUGAAAUGUCAGCAUUGUGUGAGAAAUUUAGGUCAUAUUACCUUGGAACCCAUACUGGAAGGAGACUGUCCUGGCAAACGAACAUGGGCACAGCAGAUAUAAAAGCAAUAUUUGGGAAGGGUCAGAAGCAUGAGCUGAAUGUCUCAACGUACCAAAUGUGUGUUCUCAUGUUGUUUAACAAUGCUGAUCGACUUAGCUACAAGGAAAUUGAGCAGGCCACAGAGAUUCCUGCUUCAGACUUGAAGAGGUGUCUCCAAUCUAUGGCUUGUGUGAAGGGCAAGAACGUUCUUAGGAAAGAGCCUAUGAGUAAGGACAUUGGUGAGGAUGAUGCAAUUUUUGUCAAUGAUAAGUUCUCAAGCAAAUUCUAUAAGGUAAAGAUAGGAACUGUGGUUGCACAAAAAGAAUCGGAACCUGAGAAACAGGAAACCCGGCAGAGAGUAGAGGAGGACAGAAAGCCACAGAUUGAAGCCGCUAUAGUUAGGGUGAUGAAAUCAAGGAGGGUUCUUGAUCAUAACAACAUAAUCACAGAGGUCACAAAGCAGUUGCAAUCACGGUUCCUGGCGAACCCCACAGAGAUUAAGAAACGAAUUGAGUCCCUAAUUGAAAGGGAUUUCUUGGAGAGAGAUAAUGUGGACAGAAAAUUGUAUCGGUAUCUUGCCUAAAAAAUGGCAAUUAGCAGAUUACUUUUUCCUUGAGGGAAGUCUAGCAUUGACAAAUUGUACCUUAGUGGGUAAGUUGAAAAUUGGUUUGCGACUUCUGCAAGCUCCAUUUGAUUUUAAUGAAUAUCCGUUUAUGUUUCUGCUUUUUUUU